GACGAGGAAUAGUAUCCAAGACAACACUGGCAGAAGGAACAGCAGAGGGAGGUCACUAUCCUUCAAAGAUUGAUGAGAGCUGAUUCUAUGAUGGACGUCUUCUUUUACCAGGACAGAACUUCUUCCCAGAAAACACAAUGCUUCCAUUUACUUUACCUAAUUAACUCACCUCUUCCCACUGCACUUCAGAGAUUUGAUGGGACAUUAUUGUGGCUCCAUGUGGAAAGGGGAGAGCGAGGGAGAGAGAGUUGUUCGUGGUGGGAAGGAGGCCCAGAUCUGGUCUCACAGGACCCUGUUAUGGCAGGUCGGCCGGUCCUAUCAGAGCUGUCUCUCAGAGGUUUUAGAAUCCCCUGUGGUGCUGCAGCAAAAUCAAAGGCAGAGGGAAAAGGGUGAAGAGUGGUGGUGCUGGCAAUGACUCUGUAGGACCCAGCGGAAAAGUGCUCCAACCGGAGGGAGACGGGAGCAAGAGAGAGGGAGAAAGCUGAGUGGCGAGAAGACGCUCUCAGAUCAGUCAGUGGCUUCAUGGAGUUAUGUACCUCUGAUCCGCCGCCAUGGAUUGCAAUCCGCGAUCACUCCUUUUCAUUUUACCUCUUUUAUUGUCCUGCGUUAUUCCUGCGUUCCCCAUCAUCUACCCCCCUAAUGAAGUCAAUCUGUUAGACUCUAAAGCAAGCCAAGGGGAGUUAGGAUGGAUUUCCUACCCAACGCAUGGGUGGGAGGAGAUCAGUGGGGUGGACGAGCACUACACUCCCAUCAGGACCUUCCAGGUCUGCAAUGUGAUGGAGUACAGCCAGAACAACUGGCUUCGCACCAACUGGAUUCCCCGUCAGUCAGCUCAGAAGAUCUACGUGGAGCUGAAGUUCACCCUGAGGGACUGCAACUCCAUCCCGCUGGUCUUGGGCACCUGUAAGGAGACCUUCAACCUCCUCUAUCAGGAGACCGACGAUGACCAGGGAAGCCACUUCCGAGAGCACCAGUUCUCGAAGAUUGACACCAUCGCUGCUGAUGAGAGUUUCACCCAAAUGGACCUCGGAGAUCGCAUACUCAAACUCAAUACUGAGGUGCGGGAGGUGGGUCCCAUGACCAAGAAGGGCUUCUACCUUGCAUUCCAGGAUGUGGGCGCCUGCGUAGCUUUAGUGUCAGUGAGGGUUUACUUCAAGAAGUGCCCGCACACUGUAAGGAAUCUGGCCUCCUUCCCUGAUACGGUGCCCAUGGACUCCCAGUCGCUGGUGGAGGUCAAAGGCUCAUGUGUCAAUCACUCGAAAGAGGAGGAGCCUCCACGAAUGUACUGCAGCACAGAGGGGGAGUGGCUCGUGCCUAUUGGGAAGUGUCUAUGUAACCCAGGGUACGAGGAGAGAAGCAGCACCUGCCAAAUGUGCAGGGCAGGCUUCUACAAGUCUUCGCUCGGAAAUACGGAGUGUUCAAAGUGUCCGCCUCAUAGUUUCUCUCACCAUGAGGGGUCGCUGCACUGUGGCUGCGAGAAAAACUACUUCCGUGCUGAAGGGGAUCCUCCUUCCAUGGCCUGUACCCGUCCUCCUUCAGCUCCCCGAAAUGUGAUCUCUUCCAUCAAUGAGACUUCAGUUAUCCUGGACUGGAGCUGGCCGGAGGACAGUGGUGGGCGCAGGGACAUCACCUUCACUGUCCUCUGCAAACGCUGUCGUGGUGCUCCUGCUAAUGGCAGCACCGCUGGGACCCAGCGUUGUGAGCCCUGCCGGAGCAAUGUUCGCUUUCUGCCGAGAGCCACGGGCCUCCACAAUACCACAGUGACGGUGGCCGAUCUGCUGGCCCACACUAACUACACAUUUGAGAUUGAAGCGCAAAAUGGUGUGUCAUCGCUGGCACCCAAGAUGAGGCAGUAUGCCGCUGUCACCAUCACAACCAACCAAGCCGCUCCCUCACCUGUAACAGUGAUCAAAAAGGAGAAGACGUCUCGAAACAGUGUCUCCCUGUCCUGGCAGCAGCCAGAAAGACCCAACGGUAUCAUCCUCGACUAUGAGAUCAAAUACUACGAAAAGGAGGAGCAGGAGACCAGCUACACCAUCCUGCGUGCCCGGGGUUGUAAUGUGACUCUGAAUGGCCUGAAGCCCAACACUGCGUACCUGCUGCAGAUCAGAGCUCGCACCGCUGCUGGAUAUGGAGCCAGUAGCCCCAGUUUCCAGUUUGAGACCAGCCCUGACUCAGCCUUCUCCAUCUCCAGUGAAAACAGCCAAGUUGUUCUAAUCGCCAUUUCCUCCGCGGUGGCCAUCAUCCUGCUCACUGUGCUGCUCUACGUCCUGAUUGGCAGGUUUUGUUGCCACAGCAAAUCCAAACAUCCUGAUGAGAAAAGACUGCACUUUGGCAACGGACACUUGCGUCUACCAGGGAUCAGGACCUACGUAGACCCCCACACAUAUGAGGACCCAAGCCAGGCUGUGCACGAGUUCGCCAAGGAGCUAGAUGCCUCCUGCAUCGCCAUUGAUAAAGUGGUGGGAGCAGGUGAGUUUGGCGAGGUGUGCAGUGGUCGCCUGAAGUUGCCCAGCAAGAAGGAGAUCUGUGUGGCCAUCAAGACUCUUAAAGGAGGAUAUACAGACAAACAGAGGCGGGACUUCCUUGCUGAGGCGUCAAUCAUGGGGCAGUUUGACCAUCCCAACAUCAUCAGACUGGAGGGGGUGGUAACACGCAGUAAACCCGUCAUGAUUGUCACGGAAUACAUGGAGAACGGAUCCUUGGACAGUUUCUUGAGGAAACACGAUGCCCAGUUUACAGGCAUCCAGUUGGUUGGCAUGCUGCGUGGCAUCGCCUCGGGCAUGAAGUAUCUGUCAGACAUGGGCUACGUUCACAGAGACCUGGCAGCUCGAAACAUCCUGGUCAACAGCAAUCUGGUCUGUAAGGUGUCAGACUUCGGCUUGUCCCGAGUCCUGGAGGACGACCCGGAGGCUGCUUACACCACCAGGGGUGGCAAGAUCCCAAUUCGCUGGACGGCUCCAGAGGCCAUCGCCUACAGGAAGUUUACAUCAGCCAGUGACGCUUGGAGCUAUGGCAUUGUGCUCUGGGAAGUGAUGUCAUAUGGGGAGAGGCCAUAUUGGGAGAUGUCCAAUCAGGAUGUAAUAAAGGCUGUAGAUGAGGGUUACCGCCUUCCCCCACCUAUGGACUGCCCUGCCACGCUUUACCAGCUGAUGUUGGACUGCUGGCAGAAAGAGAGGAACAACCGGCCUAAGUUUGAACAGAUCGUCAGCAUCCUGGAUAAACUCAUCCGCAACCCCGGUAGCCUCAAAAUCACGGCCAAUACCACAUCCAGGCCAGCCAACUUGUUGCUGGACAGGAGCAGUUCAGAGGUUCCCUCAAUGGGGACGAUGGGUGACUGGAUGGAUGGAAUGAGGACCUUGCCCUGCAAGGAGGCCUUCUCUGGGGUCAGCUACAGCUCUUGUGAUACCCUGGCCAAGACCUCCACAGAGGAUCUGAAAAAGGUUGGAGUGACUAUCGUAGGACCACAGAAGAAGAUCGUGAGCAGCCUCAAAGCCCUAGAUUCCCACACCAAGAAUGGCCCAGUACCUGUUUAAGAAAUGAGCCCAACAAAUUCUAACACCAGAGACCUGUCUGUCGGUGUGGUUGCUAAUCACAGUCCAACACGGUGGCUUCAUAUUUAAACUGGAAACGGGUGGAAAUGGAGGAAAAAUAUGAUUCAAAUGAGGGCUUCCAUUGUUUCGUUGAAAGAUGAUGUCAAGUCCUGGCAGAGAUAUGGAAAGAGUUCAGUGCAGACCUGCCAGCUAGUUAACUGGCUGACUCUUCAACUCCUCCGUACCUCCAUGCCCAAGUUGAAAUGCCUUACAGACAAAUAGGUGGGUAGAUGUAAAGCCAAGAAGGUCAGUGAGAUCUGGCCAGGGAUACAAACUGGGACUGGACUGGGAUACAGGGCAAGGACUUGGACUAACAUAAAGCCAGAGCUCUCCCAUAUUGGCUAAGCUGGAUUGCAUAGCCUUCCCUUUACGGUUGAAAGGGGACUGGCAUGCUCACAGUCUCCUCCCACCAUGCCUGACUAGCAGCCUGUGGAAAGAGGCGGUGAAACGGCUGAGAUGCCUUGUGUAGAAGAGCAUGGCAGACAGCAGCAGCAGCUCACCUGGAUGUGGACCCUUCCUGGACUAAUGAGGUCUGAGGCGUGAGAUUUUGUUGUAACUACCUACAUUUACUGUCUCUAUCCAUGAGUGAACUGAGCUGGUAUGGACACACCUAGACAAUAACCGAGCCAUUUUAACUCUGUAGCUCUAACCUAUAGUAUUUGCAUUCAGUAGACAUGUCACAUAAAAGCAAUAAUUAUGAUAAUCAGUUAAAUAGUCUCAUUGUAUGGAAGCCAUGAUUCUGUCACAUAUACAAUGUAUUGAACGCUGUGCUUUGAAGGGAGAGGGGCCAUAACACACUUCACACACACACACAUUUUUUUUUAUUUUUAUGGCGACAUCUAUGUUUUAUGUGCUUCUGAACAGAUAUUGUACAGUUAUAGUGCUGUUCCCUCAACCCAAUGCCCUUUGUGUGAAAUCUCAGGAUGUAUACGUUAUUUGUUCUACUUUCUCUAACAAGGGGAAACAGAAAGAGAGAACAGAGCCAGGAACUGAGAGUGCAGGUUAAGAGAGACAGGAGCAAGAAAAGGUGAAACUGUAAGAGAGAAAUUGACAAGAGGAAAAAGAGAACUUAUAAAGAUGAAGUGGUGUUAUGAAGACCUCUGCUACAGAGAGUUGCUGUGUGACAAAAGUGUUUUAAACUAGAAGUGAGUUUGUACUUGAGUUUUUUUUUUUUUAUAGGUAAGACAGGUCAGCAUCAUCAACCCCACACAUCAAGUAUCACUUCCUUCUAAGGAAUGGGAUUUGUUCAUUUGUGUUUACGAUCAAUUCAGAAAAUCAACACUGCUGAUCUGAGAGUGUUUUAGUCCAUUUGCUUUGGUCUGAAUCCAUAACUUAUUAACAAAAGCAUACAUUUGCUGUAAAAAGUAACUCAAAUUAGCUGUUAGUCUAUAAAUCCUGGUGUGUUUAAUGCAAAAAGUAGAGUGCCUCCUCUAGUUGGGUUGGAUCGUGGUGGGAUUAGGAAGCAAAAAGCUUGAUUUAUUUUGAAAGAAGUAUUUUUUUCUGUUCUCUUAGGGGCAUGUUUUUGGGGUUUUUUAAAUCACUGCCCUUAACUAACAAGGUGUGAACAUGCCCUGUAAGAAAUGCAACACUUCCAAUAAAUGAUUACUUUCUGAGAUAGUAUCCUAGUACAUCAUGAUGUCCAGGAUGGGAUUUCCUAAAGGCACCUUAGAACCGAGAUGAUGUUUGUACUAUGAAGUACAGACUUAAAGAUGUUACUCUCCUGCUUUGAUAUCACCCUUUCAAUCCCUCAGUGCAACAUAUACCCAGUAUUUCUAAACUGGCGCUUUGGUACUUUGUGCUGCUGGAUGGGUAAUCUUGAAUCAUGAGGGUACUAUCUUUAAGCUUUUUCCAAGCACUUACUGUAGUACACAAUAUUUGAGCACUUUGAAUGGAAAUCUAAUUGCCUUGGCUAUAGACUUAUCUAAUGGACAGGGAUGAGUUUUGGUGCUUUUGGGAAACCCAGCCCUGUUCAGUGUGUCAGUCAGUCCUCUGUUACUUGGUCUACCUGUGGAUGCUGCUGUUGCUGCUAUGUGUUCUAAUUAGCAUGUACAUAAUGUAAACCAUCGUAAUGAUAGCAACUAGCGCUACAGAUCCCACUAUAUGUACAUGGCCAUCCUUCUUUGUACAAAUGUUUGUAUGUAUAAAAGAAUAAAUAAAAAAUAAAAAAAAUUGUGCAACAUUUUUAAUUAAAAAAAGAGACAA